CUCCCCCCUUUUCCCAUCCUUUUCUUCUUCUGCUUAGAUAGGACCGUCUCUCGUGCCGUGCACGACCCUCUCUCGCGGUUUCCUUUUUGCAACCUGCUCAGUACACAUGUUGCGCCUUGGAUUGCGUUCUUGACCGUUCGUUGUUGGAGUGACUUCAUUGGACGUUCAUUUCGAAUACCUUUUCCUUCAUCCACCAAAUACGUAUCGACGACUGCAGACGGAGGCGAGGGCAGUAAGGCACCAUGGUGUACUUACGUCCAGGGUUUAUUGUCGUGAUCGUUGGGACGACCUUGACGGCACUGUCUACUUUGGUCGUAGCCUUCAGGUACUUUUGUCGGUAUUAUCGCAUGGGCCAGGUCGCGGCUGCGGACCAUCUUAUAUUUGUUGCCUUGGUAAGUUCCUUGCCAAUGCGCUCACAAGUCAAAAGAAGAAAAGGAAAGGAAAGAAGCUGA